AUGGCUACUGUGGAAAAACUCCAAGAGGAAGCUUCUUGUUCCAUCUGCUUGGAGUAUUUCCAAGAUCCAGUGUCUAUCCACUGCGGGCACAACUUCUGCCGAGCCUGCAUCACUCAGUGCUGGGGCGAACUGGCUACAAACUUCUCCUGCCCCCAGUGCAGACAGACCGCCCAGCAGAGAAACUUCAGGCUGAACAGGGAGCUGACGAACAUGGUGGAGCUAGUGAAACAGCUGAAGUUGCCUCCAACGACAGAGCCAGAGGCAGAGCGAGUGUGUGAGAAACACAGGGAGCCUCUGAAACUCUUCUGUGUGGAGGAACAACAAUUAAUCUGUUUGGUCUGCAGAGAGUCCUGGGCGCAUGGAGCUCACGCGGCGGUUCCCAUCGAGGAGGCUGCCCAGAAGUACAAGGAGCAAGUUAAGGCUCGACUGCAGGCUCUGAGAGAAGAGAGAGAAAAACUCCUGGGAUUUAAACUGACUGGUGAGAGAAGGAGCUGGGAGUAUCUGGAAAAGAUCAAAAAGGAGAGGCAGAGAAUUGGGUUUGAAUUUCAGCAGCUCCGCCAGUUUCUGGAGGAACAAGAGUGCCUCCUGCUGGCCCGGCUGGAAGAGUUGGACAGGAUUAUGAAGUGGCAAAAGGAAACGGUCACCAGAUUUCCCAUGGACAUUUCCCAUCUUAAUAGCCUGAUCAGUGAGCUGGAGGGGAAGUGCCAGCAGCCAGCGAGUGAUUUCCUGCAGGACAUCAGGAUCACCUUGAGCAGGUGCGAGAUGUUCCAGCAGCCCACGGGGAUUUCUCUUGAGCUGGAAAAGAGACUCAGUGAUUUCUCUCAAAAAACUAUUGCUUUAAAGGAGACCCUGAGGAAAUUCAAAGCGAAUGUGACUCUGGAUCCAGAUACGGCUCAUCCCCAGCUCGUCCUGUCUGCGGACGGGAAAGGCGUGAGACGGGGACACGAGCAGCAGGAUCUGCCCGACAAUCCCGAGCGAUUCAAUUCCGUUCUCUCCGUGCUGGGCCGUGAGGGGUUCGCCUCAGGCAGACACUUCUGGGAGGUGGAGGUGGGCGUUGGGGGAAUCUGGUCGGUGGGGGUGGCCAGGGAGUCUGUGAGGAGGAAGGGACGGAUGAGCAAUUACCCUGAGCAGGAGAUCUGGGCUGUGGGUCACUGGGGUGGUCAGUACCGGGCUUACACCUCCGGUGAGACCAUUCUGCCCCUGCCUACGAUCCCCAGGAGAAUCCGGGUGGCUCUGGACUAUGAAGGGGGGCGGGUGGCAUUUUUUGAUGUUGACAACAAGUUCCUGAUCUUCAUUUUCCCACCGGCCUCUUUCACCGGGGAGAGACUCUUCCCUUUCUUCUUGGCGGGAUCCCCACUCCGGCUGUGUCCCUGA